AGAAGAACUAUAAAAAUCUGAGACACCCACUGGCUUUAGCAUCAGUACGCAGGUAACAGUGAUCGUGAAUACAUACACUGUACAGUGAUAGUUUAAAAAGUAUUCUACAACAUGAUCGUACUUCCAAUGAAAUACGUUACCCUGGGAUUAGUGCUGAUUGUAAGCAUUCUGGCCAACCCAGGCGACCACAUUCCCAACCAUCCGAAUUGUCCCGACGUCCAGGGACCUAUUCCAGUGUACUUUGUGCAUCCAACAAACUGCAGUAGAUUCUACGAGUGCAAGGAUAAAACUGCUUGGGAAUUAGAGUGUUCAGCGGGAUUGCAUUUCAACACCAAAAUCAACGUGUGUGAUUACCCCGAAAAUGCGCAAUGCGAGUCACAGUCAACGCAUACCACUACGAUGGUGAUAAGUACGACAACCAGUACUUUCACAACACUGGACCACACUACAACUAUAGGAACAACUACUGAAUGCGAUUCUACUAUUCCAACAACGACUAUUCCUAGUACAACGACUCCUUACCCAUGGCCAGAACAUAGUACAACAUCUGCUCAGCCACCGUCGGAUGGUUCUACACCAACUUCUUAUUCAACGACGGACGGUACUAGUACAACUUCUGAUUGGACGGACAUCACUACAACGUAUCGUCCACCAACAGAGGGAGGUACACCAAAGCCAAACUGUCCACCAUUUGGUGCCACACAGCCAAACUAUUGGGCAGAUUCUUCCGACUGUAGCAGAUAUUUGGGUUGCCUGGAAAAUUGCGUACAAAAGUUCAAAUGUCCAGACGGGUUAUAUUGGAACGAUGAACAAAAGCGCUGUGACAGCUUUGGCAACUCACAAUGUUGUCCAGUUAUCCCACCAGCGCCGAAUGUAUGGACGACGGAUUAAUUUGAGGUUAGAAACUGUCGACUAACAUACAUAUGACGAAUUGUUUGAAGUGAAUUUACUCCUGGCUUCCAUGAAUAAUAUGGUAUUUAUUUGUGAACAAUGAAAAAAGAAGUUUAAAUGAUUUUUUUAAUUCAUAAAAGAUGUCAAAACCUUUAGGAUCAAAACUGUACUUAAAAUCAAAUUUGAUUGAAACAAUAAAAAUAAUAACCAAUUAGCAAAUGAUGCACAAAUAACAAAAAGAAGGUGAUUGAUUGUGGCUUAUAAUAAGAGUUGCUUGUGAAAAAUAAUUUUCGUUCCACGAAUGUCCUCCCUCAAUUACAAGCAACUGGUGAAUACUAAUUCUGAAGUCUCGCACAACAUAUCUUGCAAAUAGUUUCUUCCACAAGAAUAAAAAUAAUAUACAAACAAU